GGUAUCGAAAGCAAUUUGAAGAAAAAUAGCGUCAUGGAACAGUUUUAAUAUUUGUGCAUAUAAUGCACAAAAUGCAUUGUAGUUAAGCACAUUGAUACCAUUUGUUCAUAAAAAUACAAAUGAAUAUUUGAUAGGUGAUAAAUCGUAUUUGUCAUCUUUAUCCUUCCACUUCUCUGAUUCGUUAAAGCCUGCAAACAUCGCAACGGUCGUAAUGACGUCGAUAAAGCUGAAGCCAGACGAAGGGGACCUGAUAGAAGUUCCUGUCGGAAAGACGGUCAUUGGCCGUGGUGCAUUCCUUAAUGUUGUAGAUAAAAGAGUGUCUCGGAAUCAUGGCAUUUUGGAAUUGGAAGACGGGAAAUUAUAUUUGACACCUACACACAGUAAUCCCUGCUUUCUGCGUAAGGAUGGAGGAAUAGUGCCCAUGAUAAAAGAUCAGAAAAAGUUGAUGGAAAAUGAUGAGACAUUUGGCUUACUUAGGGAUCGACUGUUUUUCAAAGUCAUGUACGAUGUACCUAAUGGAACUACAAAAAGUGAAGAAAAAGAAAUGUCUGAUGUUGAGGAGCCAUCAGAACAUAAUGGUGAAGAGAAAUCGAAGAAGCCCAAGGAAGCAUUAGAUGUUAAAGAGGAGGGAAAAGACAUUUUAAGUUCACCAGCAAAAAAGAAGAGGGUACUUCCAAACUGGAUGGUAGAAAUGGCUGGAUCUUCAGCCACCAAAGCCUCCAAAGCCCCUAAAGCCAGCAGUAAAACCCCCUCUAAACCUGCAGCUCCACCCAAAAAGAAGAAAGUGGAAUCAGACAAUGACUGGGAUGAGGAAGAAUCUGAGGAAGAGGUCAAGCCAAAAAGCAAAAGUCGAGGGCGACCUACCAAAAUAGAAAAACCUAAAAGAGAUGCAAAGAAGUCCAAGUAUGCAGAAUCCAGUGGAGAAGAGGAGCAAAGCGAGGAAUCUGAGGAGGAGGAAGAAGAAGAAGAAGUCAAGCCAAAGAAGGGCAGAGGGAGGAGGAAUGAUCAAGGCUCUAAUAAGCGUGGGCGUCCCUCGCGGUCUGCUGCCUGUAAACGUGGGAGCUAUGUGGAUGACUUUGUGGCCCCAGAUGACAUGUCUGAGCCAGAGGAAGAGGAGGAAGAUGACUCGGACAAGAACCAGGACAGCGACUUCCAGAUCAGCAGCCUGGAGGAAUCUGGGAGUGACUGGGAAAUGUCCCAAAGGUCAAAGAAACAGAAACCAACCAGACAAGGCACAAGAAAAUCCGCCCGUCAGGGGAGAAAGAAGAGGUACACAUCAGACUUCUCAGAUGAGGAUGAUGAGGAAUAUGUACCUCGCCCCACCAAGAGGAGGGCUAGCAUGUCUGCCAACAAAAAAUUCAAAUCCUACAAACGUGAUGACGACAGUGAAGAAGAUUCAGAGGAUGAGAAACCUUCCAAGAAAUCACCAAAGAAAGGCCGUGGUCGAGGGACACCAGCAAAAGGAAGAAGGCGGAGGAAUGUAUCGGAGUCAGAGGAGGAGGAAAGUGAAGAGGAGGAGGAAGAAUCAGAAGAGGAGGUGAAGAAAAAGUCAAAGAAAAAGAAACAGAGUUCUGAGGAAGAAGAGGAGGAAUCUGAGGAAGAAAAGCCAAAGAAGAAGAAAGCAAAGGCAGAGAGUGAAAGCGAAGAGGAAACCUCCAGCAAGGAGAAAAAAGAUGCUAAGCCUGCUGGGAAAAAGAGACGCCGUCCUUGUCAGUUUGGGAAAAAAUGCUACAGGAAAAAUCCUGUGCAUUUUAAAGACUACUGCCAUCCAGGUGAUGAGAGCUAUGAAGCCAGUGAUGAGGAUAAAGGUAGCAACCAAUAUGGUUCCGACAGCUACAGGAUAAGUCCUGGCCAUGGAAGCCUGUUUUCACAUGCAAUGAAACUGUCCUCACAAUCAGCAAAGAAAGCUAGCAAGGUUUCUACUGGAGAUGAUGAUGAUGGACUACCAAACACAUACGACUACAAUGACAGUUUUAUCGACGAUGACGUUGAUUCCAACUCCUCGAUCGCAGACCCUGAGGGGGAAGACUCUGACUAUGUUCCGGAGGAUUCCCAAGACCUGAGAGAUCUCAGAAAAGAGGCGGGAAAGUUUAUGAAGAAUAAGAAAAUGCAGCAGAAACUAUAAUGUCCAUCAAAUGGACUGUCGAAAUAUGGCCAUGAAGACUUUUUUUUUUAUUUAGUUUUGUCAGUGUUAAAAAAAAACAUACACAUUUCUUUUAUCAUCAAAAACAGUAAUCAUUUAUAUUGUUAUACAUAUACUUAUUUUCUAGGUUUUUUUUGUUUAAAUAUUUUUCAAAGCAUUUUUUGUUCCUCUGUCAUCCAGAAAAAAAUGUAUUAUUUGAAAUUUAACAUAAAACAUACUUGCAAGACUAAUCACUCAAAAACAAAAAAUAGGAAAUGUCCUCUGAAAGUGUCAUCUGCAAGAGUUCUUGGUUUAAAAUAAUUUGAUAUAAUAAUAAUAUUUAAAUUUCUGGUAUCUCUACUAAACUUUCCCUAAGCUAAUGUGAUGGUCAGUCAAAUUACAUUCAUAAAUCUAAGUACAGUUAAUGGGUUAGGGUAGACCUAAUAAUAUCAGUAAGUCAUUCCUUUAAAGAAUACCUGCAAAGCCAGUCAGUUUUUGAUAUUAUGGAAAUCUAUGUUGAAAAAAAACAUCAUCCUGAAAAUUUUACUGCAAUUGCAUAAGUACUUAUUAUUGAAUCAUUUUACAUUUAGUGAAUGUUAACUAUAACGAAAAAUCGUUGGGAUUUUGUUUGGUUUUUUUACAUUCACGUUUUUAUCAUUUUUGCAGUCGAUAUUUUUACUAUACAUGUAUUUUAAGCCAUUAUCUAUGAUGUUUCUUCCCCAAUUUUCAUGAAAGGUUACAAAACCUUCUUCAUUUUGAUUUUUGGUAAUCAUCAUCAUCUUCGUUGUCAACAUCUUCUCCACCACGUUUCAAAUGUGUUCAUUUUAUUCCUCCAGUGUGCAUGGGAAUGUCUGAACUGAAUCCAGGAAUGAGUUAUGUACAUUUUUAUCACUUCACAAGGAUUAUGUAAAAUAUUUGAGUUGGAAAAAUCCAAACCUUUUAGUCUGCAGGUUCAGGACUUUCCAUACUGCCCUUUGUACCUGUAGGAUUACAGGGAGGUUGUUUACAUGUACAUAUAAUCAAAUGCAGUCUUAUUGUUUUGGUCUAUAUGUUUAGUAUUCCAGCGAUUUAUUAUACAAUAAAUGCUUGAUGUUUUAGUUUUCAUGUAGUGAAUGUUUUAUGUCGAAGACAUGUACGAUUGAUUUUGUUUUAGUUUUUCUCCUGCAUUUGUCCACUUUGAUAAAAUUUAUUGAUCUCUUUCAAAAUUUUACUCUGACUACUUUCGUAUCUACGCAAACUGGAUAAAGUUUAUAAUGUAUUAAAAAUCAUAGGUUUGUUGUUGGCACUGUGCCCAGGAUGUGCUAUAUUCCCUGAAUUUAGAAUUGAAUUGAUAUUGAAAGUUUUUAUCUCAACUGAUUUAUUCUCAGCAAUAUCUUGAUCUUUGAAUACAUAGUAAUUUUGUACAUUUGUACAUCAUAUGUUUUUGUCAAUCAUUGUCCUUAAUCAUCAGUUGCAUGCAUACAUAUGACAGAAAAAUUUGGUGUAAAUAUUUACAUCAGUGGUGUUUUGUGUUUAGAAAAAAAUUAGAAGGACUAUAACUGCUACAUUUCAUGAAAAAAAGUAGCCAAGUUAAUGUCUGUUGUAUUUACAUCUACCGGUAAAUAAAGCAGUAAGUACAGAUAAUA